UUCUUUUCCUAAGUUCACUUUUUUGGUUAUUGACUAGAACUUACUAUUUACUCAUUAAAUUAGUAAAUGAUGUUCUUUCAUUGUUCAGAUUUUUUGCAUUAGGAUGUUGGAAUGAAAUUCAAAAGUGUCAGUUAGUAGUAAAAAGUUCAAUUAGUUAGUCAGUCAUUUACCGAUUUUUUGAAAUUGCUGUGAUUAUUUUUCCUAACAUUAUUUUUGUGCUCAUAUGCUGAUAGCUUAUACAUUGUUCUGUAAAAUCUAAUGCAACCUUUUUUUAAAAAUUCAUUUAACUUCAGAAGAAUCUCGUAUCUAAUCAGAAUAACUUUUCAUAAAAUUUGCAUAAAUAUUACAGGUUUGUAACUAUUUUUUGCAAAAAUUAUGAAAUUUAUUAUAAAGAAGUAUUUCUGAAUUUUGGUUAAGUAAAGUUACAACUAUUAAAGUGUAAUGAAGCGAGAGCAAAAUUUUUUAAAACGAAGUAUAUUUUGUGGACUGAAAUUGAUGAAGUCAAUGGAAAUUUGUAUGUUGACCUUUUUAAUCUGAUAGUAGAAUCUCGUAUACCUGGAAUCAAUGAAAGAGGUUAUGGUAAUGGAUACCAUUGUCCCCCUCUUUUAGGUCAAAAUAUGCAUUUGUGCGAUUUAAUGAAUCCUGAGAAGGAUUUUCUUUUAGUGUCAAAAACAUCAAACUAUGAUCCAUCAUUUAUUGGGAGCAGUUAGACAUAAUGUUUUUGAGAUUGAAGUUCUGAUGCUUCCAGACUGUUGUUCUGAGUCUAAGUUAAGUGAAAGAAUACAACAUAAAGAAUAUGUGCUUCUUGAAAGAUGGUCUAUGACAUUUUUUGAAAGCGACAAAGCCCAAUUGAGCAUUGAAAUUCCAGAACUUCUAAGAGCAGUGCGCUCUUUUCUGCAUUUUUCACAAAUUAGUGCUUGGUUAAGUUCUACAAAAGGAAAAUCCCCUGCUAAUAUAUAUUAUUGGGUGAAGCCUACAUCUGAUCCAUCUGCAACAAAAUUUGAAAAUAAUCCUGAAGUCCAUGCUUUUCCACCAUUUAAAGUUAAUGAUGAACUAUGUGGAACUGUAAGAGUUAACUUCCCUACCAGGAAGCAGUAUAUACCAAUCAUUCCUUGUUCCAAACAUCCUCCUCAUCCAGGAUUAAGAUUAAGGUUAACUGAAGAAUCUAGUUUAACUCCAUCUAUUGCUUUAACCACACAAAUUGUCAAGCAUUUGCAAAAGACUUGUGAUAACCAGGAAUCUAUUACUUCUGUUAAACACUGUGACAAUGAUUCAAAUUCCUUAAAAAGUAGCUCAACAAAUAUUAAUAGUCUAACUCAUAGUUUGAUGGAUAUUAAUAAAACUAAUCGAAUUCUUAAACAUUCUAAUUACCAAAUUGGUCUAAAAACUAAUGGAGCCAUUUCAAGUUCUUGCAAUGCUCAAAUUUGCAACAAAACUGGAAUUUCUUUGAAAUCUGAUGUUGCCAUCUUUAGUAACUACCGACAAACAUAUUCAAAAUGUUCUAGUCAAGAAAAUGUUUGUUUUGAUAAAUUAUCACUCUCUAAUCUUUUGCCUAAAGAUGAAUCUAAGAUUAAUAAAUUGAAUAAAAUUGUACUUCCCUUGUUUUGUGAAACAAAUUCUUUGGUUGGGGAAAUUUCUUCUCAGCAAACAGAUAAACCAAUUGUACCAAAAUGUUCUAGUACUUCAAACCUUAUUACCUCUGAUGUCUGCAAUGUAUUUUCCAAUGUUUCUAACUUAUUAUCAACUAUAGAACCUAGUCAAAGUAAUGUCUCACAUAAUCCUCUUGAAAACGCUUCACUUUUGGAAAUAAAAAAGAAUAACUUAAAAAAAUCUCUCAAGCGAAGACAUAUUCUAAGAAGUGAAGAGCUGAACAUCAUUCCAAAUAAAAAGUGUUUCUAUAAAGAAAAAUGUGAGAAGAUAGAAAGUUUUAAUAAUAAGCGAUCUUUAUUUCAACAAAAUAAAACUCUUAAAGAACCUUCUAAAAGAAAGCACAGCCACUCUUUAGAAAGUUCAAAAACAGCUUCCAAUUUAGCUAACCAUAUUAAAGUUGAAAAAUGCAACAUUGAAAAGUAUGGUGAUGUAUGGAAUAAUUCCUCCAAAAGUUCUUCCAAAAGAAAAGCAGUAGUUGAAAAAUCACAACAAUCCUUAGAAAAGUGCUCAAAUGAAAGAUGGAGGUAUUGUUUUAACAAUAAUGAGAGCAAUCUUGAAUCAUCAAUUACUUAUAUAAACUCUGAACUAGUCAAUUUUCCUGUACAAACUGGUAAUACAAAUCAAUUUGUAAAUGGAAACUUAGAUCCAGCUAAUUUGUUUUCUUCUGACUGUAAUGAUGUAAUCUCUGCCAAAUCAGAUUGUGAAGCAUUUAAAUGUUUGAGUACAAAGCUGAAUUUGAAUGUUUUAAAGUCUUCCUAUAAUGCAAAGGAUGCUUUGAUGCAUAAAAAUUGCCUUAAUGCAAACAGUGAUAUCAAUAGUGAUAUUAGAAAAUCUAUUGCUUUUUCCAAUAAUGUAAUGGGUGAAAAUGUAUCUAAAGUUUGUUUAACCAAUAAGUCAUCUAAAACUAGUGGUUUUCAAACUAAGAAUUAUAAGAUUAAAAAGCGUUAUAUAAAUAAUUUUUAUAAAUCUUGUCGUUUGCAUAAGAUAAAUUUGUAUCAGUUCUCUAAUCAUGAAAAAAUUUCUUCCUUAAAUGACAAGCAAAGCAAAUUUCUAGAGCUUUUGAAAUCUUCAAAUACAAAAAGGCAAAAAUUCUCUUAUUUAAAUGUUUCAUGUACUAGAGCAUCAAAGCUUUUGUUGUGGGAUAAAAAAGAGAAGAAAGAAUCUCUGGCCAGAAACAUAUGUGAAUCUAGUACAAAAUCUAGCUCAUUGGACUUAAUCCAGGUCAAGAAAACCGAAGAAGAAAACCAAGAGAAACGAAGAAACCUACAAAAUAAAAGUGCUAAUAGUUUUGCUCAAAACCCUAUAUUUGCUGAGAACCACAACUCUGAAAUAAUUAUUUCAAACUCCGAUUUAUUGAGGAAAAAAUCUAGCAAGGAUAGCUCACUGUAUUUGAUUUCAUGUGAAGGUGACAAAAGUGAACCAUCUUUGUUUAAAAGUAAGAACUUAGUACAUGAUUUUCAAGAUUCAAAUAAAAAUCUGGUUACCUUCCAAAGGCUGGAUACCAGUCCAAACUUGGGAAAAAAAUCAGUUUUUUCAUGUAACAGUUCUUGGAAUGUCUUGCCUCAGAAAGCUACUAUGUACCAUGACUGUUUCCCCAGACAUGAGCUAAAGUUUGCCAGAGGAAGAAAACUCCUUGGAAACUUUGAGGAAUCUAUUCUUAAAGGUUGUCUUCUUCCUGUAAGUAAUGUUGAAGGUUUUCAUACUGAAAUAGGAGCAAGUGGUAGUUUUUGCCCUAAUCAUAUCACUUUGCCAGCUGAUGUUUCAUUUUAUGCGAUGGAUAAUUUACAUUCUCCAUAUAUGGCAAAUGUGAAAUUUCAUGAUGUUGAAUAUUAUGUGCCAAAAAAAGGAGCAAUACAAGUGACACUAUUCAACCCAUCUGAAACAGUUGUCAAAAUGUUUGUUUUGAAUUAUGAUUUGAGUGACAUGCCACCUUCUUGCCAUACGUUUAUACGGCAAAAGACUUACUUUAUGCCAAUAGGCUCAGCGGAAGAUUGUCCAUCAUCUUCAAAGUGGUUGAGAUUUAUCUUACAUUUAAGGUUUGCUUCUUCUAAAGCUGGUAAAUUAUAUCUUCACAAGGAUUUAAAAAUUGUGGUUUUGAAUAAAAGCAAUGAUGAUGCAGCUUCCGAGUUUAAUCAAGAACCUCGUGAAUUACGUUCAUUUCUACAUGUGCCUAUGAAUCCUACAUUUUCAAACUAUUAGAGCUAACAAUUUUGUCUGAAUGUGCCUACUUGUAGUUUUUUAUUUGUAUGAUUUAAAGUUGUAUUAUAUGUUUAUUAUAUUUAAUUAAAUGUUAUUAAAUUAUUAUAUUAUAACAAUGCUUUUUUUCUUUUUUUCAUUGGGGAUGCAAGUAAAAAAAAUAAACCUGAAAUCAAUUUAUUGAAUAUUUCUUAGAAAUAAUUAAAAAUUUAAAGCACACACAAGUACCUAAAAGUUUUGCAUGCCAUCAAUAUUUAUUGUUACAAUCGUGAGUUUUAAAACUUAUAAUUUAGUCUAGAAAAUGACUUCAGCUUUAUUUUUAUUUAGAUUGCAUCUCUAUUUCAAACACAAUCACCAAACUCAAAUGUAAUUUAUUUUAUAGAAAAAAAGUUUUCAAAAUAUGGAAUUUUUUUCUUAAUAGAUUUCAAAAAUGUCAUGCAACAAGAGCAUUCACAAUGAAGGUAAAAAUAAUUGAUGAAAUAAUUAAUAAAAAACUAUUAAAAAUAAGAACAUUUUAUAUGUAUUUUAAAAAUGCAUUCAAAUAUUUUUCUUUCUUCCAUCCACUUUUUGAAGGACUAUUUAGAAAUGUAGACUAAUAAAAUAGUUCCGCAAUGCUACAAAUUUUUUGAUUAAUCAUUUUUUCUUCAAUUUGGUUCAAAACAAGAACAAUUUGUGUAUUUUCAAAUAGUAUGACAAAUUAUUUUACGCAUUUUUAUUAAAUACAAAUUUUUUCAUAUUUGCAUGGGAAAAUAAUAAUUAGCAUCAACUAACCUUUGCAAUACUCAAGGGUGUAGUUAAGAUGUUCUUUUUUCUGCUGGCUGAAACAUGCGAUUUUAAUUUGAGUAAUGAUUGUCCUACUUUAUUUGUAGUUUAAAUUUGUAAAUUAUUAUAUGCUAAAAAGAGAAAGAAUAUAAAGUAUGUUUCAUAUGUAAA